AUGAGAAAAAGCCACAGCAAGCGCGUAUUCACCACACUAACAACCCUCGCAUCCCUCCUUCCCAACAUCCACGGCGCGGCACUCCCCGGCAACGCGCCGGCGGUAUGGGCAGAGCUCGAGCGCAACCGAGCCAACACCAGCGCGCUACACGCGACGCCGGCGCCAGCAUGGGUGGCGCCGCCAGAAAUGCGCGGCACGAGCGGCAUCCUGUACAGCUGCGUGCUGACGCUGUUCGCGUGCAUCUACACGGCGCUGCACCUCAACAUCCCCGCGCGCCGCAGCGCCGGCGCCAGCGAUGCCGCCUCGCGCCUGCUGCGCGACAAGUGCGUCUGGGCGUUCCUGGCGCUCGUCGCCCCCGAGGCCGUCCUCUACUGCGCGUGGUCGCAGUUUGCCGAGGCGCGCGCGCUGGCGAGGGAUCUGCGUGCGUUGGAAGCAGAGGCGGCGGGGGCGGGGGCGGAAGCUGGGAAUAGUGCUACCAGUGGCCGUGGUGACGAUAAAGCUGUCGCGGACGCCGACUGCGCGUUCGACCUCAAGUACGGCUUCUUCGUGGUGAUGGGCGGGCUGGAGAUGUGGUACCCGGACGCGGAUGGGCUGGGGGGCGAGAGCGCGCGCACGCUGUCGGCGGGCGGGGUGCGCAACCUCGCGCGCACCGCGCUAGAGCCGCUGCGCGUGCCCGGCGCGCUGAUCGCCGACCGCAGCAAGGCCAACACGCUGCAGAAGCUGCUCGUGCUGCUGCAGGUCAGCUGGAUGGCCGCGCAGUGCGCCACCCGCGCCGCCUACGGCCUGCCCUUGACCCUGCUCGAGCUGCAUACUCUUGUGCAUGUCGCCUGCGCCGUCGGGAUGUAUGUCCUGUGGUUCAAGAAACCCCUCGACCUCCGCACGGCCGAGGCGAUCGACCGCGCCGCGUACGGCGGGCUGGACGGCGUCGACCCGGCGCAGUACUUCAGCAUGAACCGAACCAAGCUGGUGGCCGACUUCGACGCGCGGUGGCUACAGCGCGUCGAUGCGCAGGAGCUGUGUCUGUACAUUGUGCAGAGGGGGGUGCUGGGGGCGCUGAUGGUGGUGCUGCCGAUAAUCUACAGCGGCGCGCACCUGGCGCCGGCGUGGGAUCUGGCGGGCGACUUCGGCUUCCCGUCGGCGACCGAGGCGCUGCUGUGGAAGAUCGCGUGCAUCGCCACGGCCGCUUCCGUACCCGCCCUCGUCGUGUCCUUGUACUUGCUCGAGCUCGUGUUCCUGGCCGAGGUGCCCACGUGCCUGGCCGUGUUCAACUGGGUGCACCUCAACUACCAGGGUCGCGUGUUUGUCGUCGUGUUCCUCGUCUGCCGCGUCUACAUUGUCGUCGAGGCCUUUGCCAGCCUGCGCGCCGUGCCCAUCGGCGCCUACCUGACGCCGUCCUGGAUCGAGAUGAUUCCCCAUGUGUGAGGAAGGGUUGGAGUGUCAGACACGAAGAAGCUAGGACGGAUGCAUUUUUCUUUACCCGCUGUCCUAGGGCUUUGUCCUAGGGCUUUGGGGAGGAACUUUAGAAAAACUUGUAUGUUGAGAAAUGGUUCAAGUCUUUUCGAGCAAAGGGCAGUUUCUACUUGGAGUAGCUUAGAGCUGACCAAAGCAUCUGGCUUAAUUCUAAAUACCCUUGUUCGUAUUAAAAACAUACCCCUAUCGAAUCUGGCUCAGACCUAUCUCGGCCCCUGAAACUGCAAGACCAGUGAGGUGGAAGAGAGUAAUGAUAGGGCCAAAUGUAUCUUUUUGAUUUAAUUCCGUCUGCCAUCACGAAAACAUACUAAAGGCGCCUGAUCUCGUGACUAAAAAAGCCUAUCGUAUACAGCGUAGCAGCGA